AUCAUGCGACAUCAAAAAGAAGAAUUUAGUCAGAAAUCGAUCGAAUGUGCACCGAAUGGAAUGGAAACGUGCACAGACCUUCGCGUGAACCAGUGGACCUGAAUCACAAAACUUAGGAAAAAUGGGGACUAAAGGGGCCAUAAUUGUCUUAGUGGUUGGUGUUUCGGUUGUAUACUUCACAAACCGAAAAUCUCAAACGGAGGAACCAGUUUCAUUCAACUCUUCGUAUGAUUACAUCAUAUUGGGAGCUGGAACAGCAGGGUGUGUACUUGCAAAUAGACUGUCAGAAGAUCCAGAAUCAUCGGUUCUUAUUCUAGAAGCUGGGGGUUCCGAGGAUGAAAACAUGAACAUAAGUAUCCCAAUCGCCUCUUCAAGUAUCCAGCUAUCAAAGCAAGACUGGAAGUUCCGAACUGUAUCUCAGAAGAAGGCAUGCUUGGCAAUGAAGGAUAAGAAGUGUGCAUGGCCGAGAGGAAGAGUACUUGGGGGUACAAGUAAUUUGAACUUUAUGCAACAUGUUCGCGGCAGUCGCCAUGACUACCAUGGCUGGGCCAAGGAGGGGUGCACGGGUUGGAGCUAUAAAGAUGUUCUUCCGUAUUUCAUUAAAUCUGAAGAUAUACAAAUUCCAGAGCUUCAAAGUUCAACGUAUCAUGGAAAAGGGGGAUAUUUGACAAUCAGUGACGGAAGUGCCACUCCUCUCAAUAAUGUGUAUAGCAGAGCAAUGCAAGAGUUAGGUCACCCUAUCACAGACUGUAAUGGAAAAUCGCAAAUAGGAUAUUGUACGUCUCAAGAAACAACAAGAAAUGGAGAGCGUUGGAGUUCCGUCAAAGCAUUUUUACGACCGGUAAUGAAGCGACAGAACCUGCAUGUCUCCUCGAAUUCGCAUGUCACUAAGGUUCUGAUUAAAGAUAAGAAAGCGAUCGGGGUAUCGUUUGUGAAGGACAACAGGAAGUACGUCAUUAUGGCAAAUAAGGAGGUGAUUGUCUCUGCAGGCGCGGUGCAGUCUCCACAGAUCCUGAUGUUGUCUGGAAUAGGACCAAAGGAACAUCUCAAAUCCAUUGGGAUCCCAGUGGUUACAGAUCUACCAGUUGGGGAGAAUUUACAGGACCACAUUAUGACUAUUGUAGAUUUUCAUGACAACACUUCGAGUGUGACCACCAAAUCCAAGAUUAUAUCACCAAUUACCAUAAUUCAAUACUUGGCCUUUAAGUCAGGUUUAAUGAGCAAAACGCAUCUGGAGGGAACUGCCUUUCUCACGGAUGACGAAAAAUUACCGCCAUCUCUUCAGUUUCAUUUCUCGAGCCUCAUGUUUGAUUCAACAAUGGUUGACUUGCUUUUUAGUCUUCUUAAUCUUGACCAAAAGCUAAAGGAUGGCACACAGAGGGCAUUUCAAAGAAACGUAGAUAGAAAUAUAGGGACAUUUAUGGGAUUACCAAUUCUUCUUCAUCCCAAGAGUAAAGGGACCAUACGCCUUCAAAGUGAUGAUCCCUUUGAUCCGCCACUUAUAGAUCCUAACUAUCUCGACCACCCGGAUGAUAUCAAAAUGUUUCUGAGAGGAGUGCGGGAGAUGUUGAAACUUGGCGACACUGCUGCGUUCAAGUCAAUUGGUGCCUCUUCACAGGAUCCAUUAGAGGCAUAUACACCUCAGUGUGACAACACUUCUCCUGGUUCAGAUGAAUACUGGAUCUGUAGACUGAGACAUUACACAUAUACAGUGUUUCAUCCUACGUCCACUUGUCGAAUGGGUGCCAAACAAGAUCCAACAGCAGUGGUUGAUCCUGAACUCAGAGUGAAAGGGGUCUCAAAUCUACGAGUAGUUGAUGCUUCUGUCAUGCGCAACGUACCUUCCGGAAAUACAAACGCUCCAACCAUAAUGAUUGCAGAAAAAGCAGCAGAUAUGAUAAGAAAUAUUGACAGUGUGAAAUCUAUUAGAGAAAGAACUGAUAAACUUUGAUUUAUUUUGCACAUGUACAAUGAAACCGUUCACUAUAAGUGAAUGGCUGUACAGGGAUGAUGUUAAUCAAUGAUAGGGUUAUUAUAGGUCGUCAAUCGUGGAUAUUUCAUAGGUGACACAGAUCGUGGAAGACCAGGAAUAGAGGUGAAUAUAAAGUGAAAAUGAUGGGAAAUGUUGCUACAAAACAUGCAUAGUAACACACAUCAUUGAAUAACACAUCACUGAGACAAAUCCUGCAGGUAUAAAGUCAGUGUAAUGUUUACAAUUCUUAUAAUUUUAAAGGAGGAGUAAGUAAAUGGAGGAGUAAGUAUCCCCUGUCGACCGAUCAAACCUGCCUUGUGCUCCUUGUCAUGAUAGGGCAAACGGAAAAAUCCGUAGACAAUUCUGUGAAAACAAUUGCCUAACAAUUUGUAGGAAAAACGUCAUUCAACAUUUGACCUAAAGAUAGAUUGUACUUGCUGACAAGGGCAUUGAUUAUAACUCAAUUUUAAGCAAGUCUUGCUUGCUCUCUCUCUGAAAAAUAUAUCCUAGUGCCCCUUUGCUUUUUACCUAUGAUAAUUACUCACUGUAAAUAAUGUAAUUGAAACUUGAACUGAAAGCCACUUUAGCUUUUCCAAUGUCAACUUUCCUCAUUAUGUAGUAAUAUUCUACUAUCACCUGUAGAUGGUGUAAUUUAUGUCUCCCAGCUGAUUCGAAAUGCAAGAGCAUGUUAUGAGUACGGUCAAUUUUUCAGCCUAGGCAUACAACUAACAAAGUACUCCAUAAUAAGGAAAGUUGGUUUACCUGAUGAUUACAAAGGGCUGACGGCAGUUAUGUCCGGUCGACAGGGGAUGCUCACUCCUCCUAGGUACCCUGAUCAUACCUCUGGUGUUUCCAGGGGUCUGUGUUUUAAUCCUCUUCAUGAUUUGUAUUGCUUUAUGAUUUAUGAAAUCGAUCUCUGUUCGUUAUCUUUUCCUUCUUUAUUCACAUAUUUAGCUUCCUCCCAUAAGUAUUGCCUUGGCAUACUUUGAAAACAGUACACUAUUUUUGUUGCUAAAGAAUAUGACGUUUUUACAUUGAAAAAAAUAAAAAUCUUGAAAAAGAAUCUUUUGAAUGAAAAGGAAUGUUGGAAAAGUCUUUGAAAGAUCAUUGCGAAAAAGAUAAUUUACUUUGAUAUUUUUCUUGUUAUUUCUCUGCAAUGACGUACGUGUCCUUUACAAUCUAAAUCUUGAACAU